ACGUGGUUUUAGUCGGUCCAAUCAAAUGGACGAAUCCAGUUUGCACGUUCUCGAUGAGCGCGGGGAGGACAGCGACGGAUUGUAGCGCACCCGUGUUUCCAUCCACAUUACCGGGAGAAUCCACAGUUUCUACUAAAAAUGUCAGAAGAAAAGCCUAAGGAGGGUGUGAAGACCGAAAAUGAUCACAUCAAUUUGAAAGUGGCGGGGCAAGAUGGCUCUGUGGUCCAGUUCAAAAUCAAGAGGCACACCCCCCUCAGCAAACUGAUGAAGGCCUACUGCGAAAGACAGGGUUUAUCCAUUAGGCAAAUAAGAUUCAGGUUUGAUGGACAGCCAAUCAAUGAGACUGACACACCUGCACAGCUGGAAAUGGAGGAUGAAGACACUAUUGAUGUAUUCCAACAGCAGACGGGAGGGUCCUGUUAAAGAUUGUGCACAUAUGGACAGAGCUUGUUUCCUCGUGCACAUCUUCACAUCAGUUCCAGUGCAGUUCAGGGGUGUGCGUUUGGGAAUCUAAGUUAAAGGAUUGUCUCUCUUUUUAAUCAUCCAAGAACCUAAUUUUCAUUUUGCAGUGUUUUCCCCCUGAACUGAAUUGGUAAUGACAAUUGGUAAUAUUUUUUUUUUUGUGUUGUUUUGAGUUAACAUAUGCCUGUUAUGUUUUUGUAUUAUCUAUGUAUGCUUGCACCUCCCCCAUCUAUUUUUAUAUACAAGGAGGGAAGUUUUGUGAAAGGAUGUUUGUGACUACUUAGAAGUAUGAUUCCACAAAUUAUCGAGUAAAUAGAUCAACUUUAAGUAUCCCUUUUUAUAGUCUAUUUCAAAUCUCAACAUUGUAGCAUUGUGUUAGUUUUGCCUCAGGUUUGAUAAGAAUAGAUUUUGGAUCAUAUUCUUUAGAUGUUUUAAUUUUAAAUUCUGACACUUUGAUGCAGAUGUCUUUAAAGGUUUUCAAUUGUUAUGUUUUGAAGUCUGAAUCUCAGAACAUGAUAUCCAUAAGUGUUUCCCUUAAUUUUAUUGACCGAUAUUUUGCCCUCUGCAGAUGUAACCUCACUGUCUAUCUCACUCUCAUGUAAACUUUCCAGCUUAUCAAGAGUAUUAAACACUAUAUUGGUGUAAUCCGAUUGCGGUUCCACAGUAAACCCAUACCGAAGCAAUGUGUGUAGGUUCCGUUGCGAUUUUUGGAAUGGCAGGGUUAGGGAGAAUAUCCUUUCUCUUCCCAUCUCUCAUUUGUACAUUGUUUGCCCAUUACUAUUGUAUAUAAUAAAUAUAGUUUGAUACUCCA